AUGAGCGACCCUACCAACCCCAACAUCGAGCAUCGAACCACGCCGCAAUGGGGUCUCUACCAGCGGGAGAAUUUCUGGAAAGUCAACGAGGGGCAGACGGUGCCGUUUAAUACCGGUAAGAUUCCUCUAUCUAUACUUCUACCUUGUCCGUUGGAUAUGGCGACAUGA